UUUAUUGUGUAAUGUUUUUUCCAGCAUCCAGUGAGCCGUGAGGCCAGGUAAAAGCACUGUAAUCCAUUUCUGAGCACCUUUCAGCAAACCCUAAUCCAUCUACACUGCGAAGAAGAUAUUCAUACUGUGAGUGAGAUCGAAUCAAAUCCAGCUGAAAAUGGCGAUGGCUGCACUGAGACGCGAGGGAAGGCGAAUGGCCGCUCCUCUCUUGGCCCCGCGCCCAGUUUACCCUAUCCAAUCCACUCCGGUUUCUUACGACAAAGGUUGUGGUUUCCUUUGCCAUGUUUGUUUACCGUUGUCAGCCUCUAAAACGUCAGUUUAUAUCAACAGGGAGCAUGCUGUUUUUGGAGUUCGUUCCAUUUCAACUCAAGUUGUCCGCAAUCGAAUGAAGAGUGUCAGAAAUAUUCAGAAAAUCACGAAGGCAAUGAAGAUGGUUGCAGCUUCAAAGCUCCGAGCCAUCCAAACAAAAGCUGAAAAUUCACGUGGACUAUGGCAGCCAUUCACUGCUCUUCUUGGUGACAUUCCAAGCGUUGAUGUCAAGAAAAAUGUCAUUGUUACGAUCUCUUCGGACAAAGGUCUUUGUGGUGGCAUCAAUUCUACAGCUGUCAAGAUAAGCAGGGGUCUCCAUAAGUUGAAUUCUGGUCCUGAAAAGGAGUGUAAGUAUGUCAUUCUUGGAGAAAAGGCGAAGGCUCAACUUGUGCGGGACUCGAAAAAUGACAUCCUGCUAGCGAUUACAGAGUUGCAGAAGAAUCCUCUGAACUAUACACAGGUUUCUGUGCUUGCAGAUGACAUCCUGAAGAAUGUCGAGUAUGAUGCAUUAAGGAUCGUGUAUAAUAAGUUCCAUUCGGUGGUGUCAUUUGUGCCAACGACAUCUACUGUGUUAUCUCCUGAGAUUAUAGAGAGAGAAUCUGAGGCUGGUGGAAAACUCGGGGAACUGGAUAACUAUGAAAUUGAAGGUGGUGAAUCUAAGUCGGAAGUGCUUCAGAAUCUCUCCGAGUUUCAGUUUUCUUGUGUGAUGUUCAAUGCAGUCCUAGAAAAUGCAUGCAGUGAGCAAGGUGCUAGGAUGUCUGCCAUGGAUAGUUCCAGCAGGAAUGCGGGUGAUAUGCUUGAUCGUCUCACUCUCACUUAUAACAGAACUCGUCAAGCAUCCAUCACGACUGAACUCAUUGAGAUCAUAUCUGGAGCAUCAGCACUGGAAGGCUAAUCAAAACAAUGCUUGUGCCUCCCUUUUUCUUAUCUUGCAAGAUGUUGGCGAAAUAAAUGGAUAUUUGCACUUUUGUUUUUGUUAUGACACCUAAUACAGCCUUUUCUGCUUUACUUCAUUCAGUAAUACCCCUUAGGUGAUUUCGCUCAAAGGAAUCACUUUGUUAUCGUGUGUGAGGUUCAUUUUAGCUGCGCUUUCUGCAUUUUCGUACAUUUUAUUCAACAUCGAACUUGGAUGUUUGUGUGCUCAAAAUAAGUGAUGCGUGUUUUGCAUUUGUGUUUUGGAUAAUUUGCUUUCUCAAAGCUUUACAGAUAAAUUUUUGAUCGUAUGCAUGUUAUGCCUAAUGCCAAAGAGCAGAUCGAGGGACUCUGAUGUUGGUUGUGAAAAAUAUAAUGAGGGGUGGUUCAGCCAAUAGGUUGUGAUGCUGAGUCGAUGUUUUUGCUCAUAUUUUUUAAGCAUCUGAAAUUGAGGGGUUCGAUUAAGCGGCUGAUUAAAAUAGAAUCUGCUGUUGAUCAUAUCAUGCGAUCCUGACUGAUAUUGGUAAAAUUCUAUAGUUACAGUCUUUGACUCUGAGUUGUUAAAACAUCUCUUUAAUAAAUU